AUGCAGACUACUUCUACAAACACUUGUUGUCACCUGUACAAUAAGUCCAUCCGUGACAUUUCCUUGCUACUAAAUAUUCCACGGUCAACUGUUAGUGAUAUUAUAACACGAUGGAAGCAACUGGGAACAACAGCAACUCAGCCAUGAAGUGGUAGGCCACGUAAAAUGACAGAGCGGGGUCAGCGCAUGCUGAAGCACACAGUGCGCAGAAGUCACCAACUGUCUGCAAAGUCAAUAGCUAAAGACCUCCAAACGUCAUGUGGCCUUCAGAGUAGCACAACAACAGUGCAUAGAGAGCUUCAUGGAAUGGGUUUCCAUGGCCGAGCAGCUGCAUCCAAGUCUUACAUCACCAAGUGCAAUGCAAGGCGUCGGAUGCCAUGGUGUAAAGCACACUGCCACUGGACUCUA